AUACCUUUGAGAAAAUGAGACAGUUCUGGAUUUUGCUUUGAGCUUUGAAGUUUGAUGGCAGAGGCAGAGGCAGAGGCGGAGAAGAAGUGGGGAGAGAAAGUUUCAGACGAAGUGUUGUCUGUAUACAAGUCUCUCCCAAAGAAAGGAAAGCCUCAGGGACGCGAAGUCACUGUCUUGGCUGCUUUUCUCCUCUCCUCUCCUUCUCAAAAUGAUUUGGAAGUUGUGGCAUUGGGAACUGGGACAAAGUGUAUAGGCCGCUCUCUCUUGAGCCCUCGUGGUGAUAUUCUCAAUGACUCGCACGCUGAAAUUAUUGCACGCAGAGCUUUGCUCAGGUUUUUCUAUGCACAGAUUCAAUGUCUUACUCAAUUUUAUAAUGUGCAAAAUCAUAUUGAUGGAAGCACAAUAUUGCAAGGUGGUGAUAUCGACAGCUUGCCCUUUCAAUUAGACACAAAUAAUCUAGGCCAAGGAAAAUACAAAAUGAAACCGGGCUGGCAAUUACACCUCUACAUAUCACAACUACCAUGUGGGGCUGCAUCACUUGAUUUUCCAUUGUCUCCUCUUAAAACUAACCUGCCAAGAGAAAGGGGUUCACAAUCAUGUUUGGGUGAUCUUGACAAUUCCACAAGUGAACCCUUGGAGGAUUCGGUAAAGAAUAAUGGUGAUACUCCAAAACUUAUUGGCUCGGUUCAAAGAAAGCCUGGUCGUGGUGAUACAACAUUGUCAGUUAGCUGCUCUGACAAGAUAGCUCGUUGGAAUGUUGUGGGAGUUCAAGGGGCUCUGCUUUCCUACUUUCUUCAACCUGUUUACCUUUCUUCUGUUACCGUUGGGGGAUCCCCUAACAGUCCUGAAAAGUUUCUCUUAGAGGAUUGCUUGAAAAGAGCUAUAUAUGAUCGAAUCCAACCAUUUUCAAGUGAGCUAAUGAGUCCCUUUCAAGUGAACCAGCCACAAUUCUGGGCAGCCCCAAUACCACCAAAGGAGUUUCAACAUUCUGAAACAGCUUUGAGCACUUUAACAUGCGGGUAUUCGAUUUGUUGGAAUGAAGCUGGUUUGCAUGAAGUCAUUCUCGGAACCACUGGAAGAAAGCAAGGCACCUCUGCCAAAGGAGCACUUUCUCCAUCUACUGAGUCCUCUCUGUGCAAAAAGCGAUUAUUGGAGAUUUUCUUGUCACUAGGACACGAAUGCCAAACCAAAGAUCCAGCCAAUGAGAUUUCUUAUCGAGCACUCAAGGAGAGGGCUCAGGAAUACAACUUGACUUCAAAAAUUUUUAAAGGAAGACCGCCUUUUAGCAAUUGGCUAUUGAAACCGGAGGACUAUGAAGCCUUCUCCAUUUUCAGAUAGUAAGGUGAGAUAUGUGCUACUUAGUCUGCAAUUCUGUAGCACAUUAGUGAGAGAUGGUAAAUUGUUCUAAAUUAAUUGUUGGUGAGAUAAUAAAUAGUUCUAGAUGAAUUGGCGAGUGCAUAACCCUGUCUUCAAUGUGAAAUGGAAGUUAGAGGUGUCACAUUUUUUCUUUUAGGCCAUUCAGAGUAUGAAAGCAGAUAGACAAAAACUUGAGGAAGCUAAGGUAACUGCUUGCAAUGUUAUAACUGCUCUUCCAGUUUA